AUGGGGUCACGUAUCAUCUUAGGUGUCACCUGGCUCUGCCUUAUCCUCACAGCAUCUGCCCUCCCAGCUCCUGAUCCUUCUUCUUGCAUCAGUGAGAUAUCUCUGCCCACCAUUACUCUUCGCCCGAGUAAGGGCAUCUACGAGAAUGUCUACACUAGGCAAUACCAGGAGUUGGCCCCCCAAGGCUUAACGGUAGCUACCUACACCUUCACUCAGACGUGCUCAACCAUCAACUGCCCAAUUCCCCUCGAGACCGCUCCUCCCACUGGCUUUACCCAGGCGGUCGUCGCCGACGGAUCACUCACCGCGACUCUCACAUUCCCCAUUGAGUCCCUGACGGCAUACUCCGCUGCUGGCUACAGCGUCAAGCCUGUCAACACUGCUGCCCCUACGAAGCUUGAUUCGGGUGCUGGCUCUACGCCUACCUCAAGCACGGCGAAGAACACUGGCAGCUCUUCCAAUAAUGUCGACAAAAUCCCGAGCUACUUCGAUAGGAAUAAGCCAACCUCAUCUGUAGGGGCGUUCACUCCCCUACUCAGUCCUUCUUCCUCUACGGGAAUCCUUACCCUGGACCCAUCUCCCUCGGGGCUUCCUCCUUUUGGGGACCCAUUGAACAAGGACAACAGCGGAUCUAAUGGUCAACAAUUUGUAGUUGUGGAUGCUGCUAGGGCAGAAAGGCCGAAUGUUAUGGCAACUCUUUUAAUAUUAUGUGCAAGUAUACUUAUAAUGCUCUUAUUCUAA